AUGGUAUCCAUUGAAGAAAGUGUCAACUUCCCCACUGAAUUUCUAAACUCUUUACAAGUACCAGGAAUGCCAUUACAUUGCCUUCGUCUGAAAAUUGGAACUCCAAUCAUACUAUUCAGAAAUCUCAACUCCCCAAAAUUAUGUAAUGGAACUAGAAUGAUCGUAAAACAGCUAUCGAAUAAUAUCAUUGAAGCUGAACUUAUUUCUGGAAAGACCAAAGGACAGACAGUAUUUAUACCUAGAAUACCUCUGAUCUCUUCGGAAUUGCCAUUUCAAUUUAAAAGACUGCAGUUUCCAAUAAAAUUAGCCUUUAGUUUUACAAUUAACAAAGCGCAAGGACAAACUUUAAAAUAUUGUGGCAUUAACCUCAAAGAAUCCUGA